GCGCUUUACUUGGGAGUGCAGUAGGGGCCAACCAACUCACCCGAGCAAUGCCGAUCGCGGAAGCGACCGUGUCCCCGAGCUGCUCACGCAAAAGGCCUUUGUUGGACCAUGACCAGAACAGGUGGAAAAGCUGCAGCAGCACCUUCCAACGUGUUCUUGGCCUUGCCAUCAAAGGGCUUCUUCUCACCGCGCAGCGGGUCUUCGACGUGCUUGCCGUUUUGAUCCAUAUCCUGUACAUUUCGGACACAUGGGGGGCUGUGGUGAGGAACGGCCACUUUUGGCUCAUGGUCUUUGGAGUCUUGGCGUCCACCUUCCUCUCAGCACUGACCUUGAGUCGACACCGCUCGGCCUUUCGAAAGAACCGUCCGUAUGGAUGGUGCGUGGCGCUGGUGGUGUCGGCCCUCCAACUAGCUCCACUGGUCGAGAUGGUGGACAAGCUGGGAGAUGGAGUUUGUUGGGGUCUUCGUGAGGAGGAAACCAGUCCGCUGCAAUCGGUCCUCAGCAGCUCCAAUCAUGGACGACAAGCACAGGAAAUGAAGGGCAGCCGCUACGGUGAGAACCUGAUGCGUGGCUUACGCAAACUCUCGAUUGCAAGCUUGCCUUUGAUUUUUUUGUCUGCAAUUGUGCAUUCCGCUUGGCUCCUGGAGGAGAGUCAAGAUGGCAGGUGUGGCCAGCCCUGCGUCACAGAAGUUGCUGCUUUGACCAUUGGUAUCAUUUGCUUGUCUAUGGCCUGCGCGGACGUUGUGCUGUAUGUUUGGGUGGACGAUGCCUUUGUGCGUCACCACAAGAAGCUAGUACAGGUGCACUACUUUGUGGAGAUUUUGACCAGGCUUCCGCUUUUAUGCUUGUUGUUGAACAUGGAGUCCGUGGGUUACAUUGCCUUGCUCUCCCUUCUCGCUUGCGAUUUGUCGGCCAGUGUGCUGCUUUUGCUCAUGCCAACGCUCUUGGGCUGGCGCCGGCGAAUGUCCUGCAGACAUGCAUCGAGCCAGGUGGCUAGCGCUGUGAUCAUGUCGGAGAUCUUGUUCUUUGUGAACAUCACAAUGUUUGAUCCACGAGAGGCCUUCCAGGUGAUCAACAUGGGAUUUUACAUCGUGAAGUAUCUGGAAGCGUUCAUUGUGUGUCGAAUCUUGCCCUGGAGCAUCCGGAGCGGCGAGUUCCGAACCACCUUCCAGGAAGUACAAUUGGCGGCAGUGGUUCUCAACGCCUUCCUUGUAUGGGUUGUGGUACCUAAGCUUCGGAGCAUGCAGGAUGCUGCAAUGUCCCAUGCGCGGCAGGACAUGCCACGGCUCUCGGAGCUGGUGCCCCGCGACGAGCGCGACGCUCAUCCUUCGGCCUCGCGGAGCCAAUUCUUCGGCUUGCCGGAGACCAUCGCCCUGGAGUUGAGCACCGUUGGAAGCCCUCAGCACGUGGUGCGGGAGAACCGUGUGGAAAGUGCACGUUUGGAGCUUCUGGGGGACAUGCUGGAGGGUCUGUGUCUGACGAGUGAAGCACAAAGUGAUCGCAAUCGUCCAGCUGUGGCCCGGAGCACGGUGGCCGAUGUCCUUUGGUCAUUGGUUCUACCCUGGAGUGGCGAAUAUGUGGAGUCUACAUCGGGUGGACGCAUCUGGCUGGAGAUCUUGGAUCCGGAACGGGGUGCCAUACUCAUCCGUCGCGAGAGAUCCAGCUCCGAUCCAGAUCCCUCCGUCGGCAGAUGGGUGGAAUCCCUCGGCGUGGUGUUCCAGGGCACGGCCAUUGAAGCAGUGCUCGAUGUGGCAGAAGGCCGUGUGCUUGGAACCCACACAGGCGAAGAGAUCCGAUUUGCGGAUGCCAAUGGGACCAUUUGGAGACGAGGAAUUGUCGAGGGCAGCUCGGGCAGCUCGGGCUCGAGCAGUUCAAGUAGUUCAAGUAGCUCGGGUGCCAGAGAGCAAGAAAGUGCUGCCAGGGAAGUUCUGCGGCUUGUGCUCACACAAGUGCUCCUCUCAUUGCGCUGGGAGCCUACCUUUUUGGGCUUGGGUGUCGUCGGUGCAGGCAAAGCCAAGGCUGGGGAUUUGGUGGCAAUAGAUGCUGCACGACGACCCUUGCUGAGUUUUCUCCUUCGCUACGCUAUUGGAACGCAUGACCUCAGCUUUAUUUCAGAGAUCUACUGGUCUUUGUGGUGCUUGUCCCAGGACUACCUUGACCCAAACCGUGCAGCUUAUGACAAAGCGCGUUGGGUGUUGAUCAAUGCUUUGGAGGGAAAUAUUGAGUUCUGGGACAGCAUUCGUGGCGUUCAGCUCGAUCAAUGGGCGAUUCAAAACAAGUCUGGGAAGUCGAAUCCGGAAGCGGAUGCCGACAAAGCCUUCAGAGAUAAAGCUCUUGGCUUGAUUGCUCAACAGGCAGCUUUGUGGCAGCAAACGAUGCAACUGGCUGCCCUUGGCAGGGAAACUGCUGGUGACACAGCUGAAAAGACCAGAGCUAUUCGCCAUCGCUUGCAUGAAAUGAAGCAGCGCGAGGAUCAGGCCACAGACCCAGAGGAGAGGUACUUGGUGUAUUUGGAGGAUAGCUACCUACUGGAGCGCUUGGAGGUCGACGCGAGCUUGUUAGCCGCAACGCAAGCAGCAAGUUUAGUGAGACAGCCCCGCGACUUUCUCUCUACGCCUGUUGAUCCCAGCGUGCCCUUCCUUGGGGUCAACAUUGGCCACUGCGAAAUCUUGAAAUCCAAUGCGGCACCGCUGUUGCUGGGCUGUUUGCAGGAACCCGACUCUGGCUGUGGUCUGGACUUGGAAGCCGGUGACGGAAUGCGACGAACGGUCAGUGAGACUCAGGUGGACCGCUACAUGGUGAAGGUGGGUGAUGACUUACGACAGGAUCAGCUGGUUCUUCAAAUGCUCCACCUGAUGGAGUUGGUCUGGCAGGAACGUCUACCGAAAGAAGAGAACGACAUGCUGCGCUUCGUGCCAUACAGAGUUCUGGCCAUGACCCCAUCAGGUGGCUACAUCAAGUUUGUACCUGGCGCAGUGUCUUUGUCCAAAGCUCUGGCCCAAAGCAACGGGGAUUUGAUGUCAUGGUUCUCUUCAAACCUUCCCGAGCACAUGACAAAAGACCAGGUUCUGAACAACUUGUGUGGAAGUGCUGCAGCCUACUGCGUGGCCACCUACGUGCUUGGGAUUGGAGAUCGCCACCUGGACAACCUGCAAAUUACGCCUGAGGGGCAUUUCUUCCACAUCGACUUCGGCUUCAUCUUCGGAGAAGACCCAAAGCCCUUUGCGCCCCGGCUACGGUUGCCACAGCAGAUUGCCAGCGUGCUCAUGAAGGAGGCUGACCAUGGGACGUCUGGUGGUACUUUGUUGGACCGAUGUUUUCAUCUGGCUGGCCGCGCCUACAUCGCACUACGCCGAUCCAUGACCUUGUGGGUGUCCCUUUUGCGGGUCACUGGGCGGGCUGGUGGUGCUGGCUGCGCUUGCCUUCGACAAGAUGCCAAUGCAGCUGUUGUCGUGGUAACAGACCGUCUCCGCAGCGAUCUCGGCGGCUAUGAGGAGGAAAAAGCAGCAACGGAGUUCCUUUUGGUGCCAUUGGCUGCAUGGUACGGAAAGCUGACGAAAGCUGCGUGAGCACGUAGCAGAGCGUUCGUGUACGAGAGCGUCCAUGUGCACGUAGCAGACCGUUUGUUGUUUUGCAUGGCAUGGUGUUUGAUUCGGUGGGCUACGAAGACAGGUGUUGACGGAGAGCACGGAGGCGUUGUACCCGGCACCUUGGACUGCAGCCGAGACAACAAGGCGAUGAGAGACACUUCUUCCGCCACUCGAACUCGCUUGCCAACUGAGUGAUAGGCUUUGUUCAUUUGCUUGAGCUCGGCUACACUAGGGGAACAGACGCCACUGCUGACCAUCUGGAGUUGAGGUUCUUACUGACAAGGUGCACCAGCUGGGUCUCUUCUGGAAGUGAUAACCCCUGCACAGCUCCGGACUCUGAUGCCAGAGCUUUUUUGGACUCUUUUUGCUGAGAAUUCCAUGCACAGCAGGCAGUGCCCGUACAAUUCGCUUGGCACUGACUGCGAGGUGUGCUUGCAUGUGUUAUUUGCAGUGUUGUAGCGCGGCCUGAGGGUACAGUGUGACCCAGGAAAAGAUGCCGAUGGCUGACCACUCAG